GGCCCCGCCUCUCUCUCCCGAGAGGGCGGGCACCAGGCGGCGGCCGCAGGCGGCGGCCGCAGCCGCAGGAAUAUGCUGGAAGGCGGCGGGCGGGCGCCCGCGAGGUGCUGAAAGGACAGUUCCCGCCGCUGAACUUACCCCGCGGGUGGGGCGGCCCGGGAGCCAGUGGGGCACGUGAGCGAUGGAGACCAUCUGGAUCUACCAGUUCCGCCUCAUCGUGAUCGGGGACUCUACAGUGGGCAAGUCCUGCCUCCUGCACCGCUUCACCCAGGGCCGCUUCCCCGGGCUGCGCUCCCCAGCCUGCGACCCCACCGUCGGCGUGGACUUCUUCUCCCGCCUGCUGGAGAUCGAGCCGGGCAAGAGGAUCAAGCUACAGCUCUGGGACACGGCGGGACAGGAGCGGUUCAGAUCAAUAACCCGAUCUUAUUACCGCAACUCAGUUGGUGGAUUUUUAGUAUUUGACAUUACUAACCGACGAUCUUUUGAACAUGUGAAAGAUUGGCUAGAAGAAGCAAAAAUGUACGUACAGCCAUUUCGGAUUGUAUUUCUGCUAGUGGGACAUAAAUGUGAUUUAGCUUCACAACGUCAAGUUACAAGGGAAGAAGCUGAAAAACUGUCCGCAGACUGUGGAAUGAAGUAUAUAGAAACCUCAGCAAAGGAUGCUACAAAUGUUGAAGAAUCCUUCACAAUCUUGACAAGAGACAUAUAUGAACUUAUUAAAAAAGGAGAAAUUUGUAUUCAGGAUGGCUGGGAAGGGGUUAAAAGUGGUUUUGUUCCAAAUACUGUGCAUUCUUCUGAGGAAGCAGUAAAGCCCAGGAAAGAAUGUUUCUGCUGACUUCAAACACGCCAAAGAACUAACAGGAACAGAUUGGGUGUCAUUUCAGAAUAAAUACCAACAUUAACAGCAGAACGAUGCAAUAAAAGCAUUUAAAAAGGUUACAAACCCACACCAAUACUAUUUUGUAAGGUAUUUGAUUCAGAGCACGAUGCUUACUUGUUACACUACUAGAUUGGGUAUUUUGCUGAAUUACCAAGCAAAGCAGACAACCUUUUUCUUGAAAUUACCUCCAUUCUUUCUUUGUUAGCAUACACUGACCUUAGUGUCCAGAUAUGUCAAUAUUACUCAUUUUUCUUGACAGUUCAAAUGGAUUUUUGUGCAUAUAUAAUCAAUUGAAAAGAUUUUAUCAGGAAUUACAUUCUCUUGAGGUAAUUAAUAUUGAAUAGCAAAAUGCAUUUAAAUAUGCAUUGUUCACCUGCAGAGUAAACAAUCUCAGAAGUAUCGACUAGGACGUAAAUAGCAGUUCCUUAUAUAAGGUACCAGGUUUUUUCCCCAUUCUCUGGAAAUGUUUGUCCUCCCUUAAUUUUGCCUCAACACAAGAAAAGAAGUUUUAUGUUCAUUUUUGUUCCCUAAUUUAUUGCUUCUAAAAAUGCAUUAUGUUUUACAAAGAUAUCUAAGGAUCCAAGCAAACUACUUUAAGCAAAUAUUUGUAAAAUUAAAAACGGAGGACCGCUCACCAAAUGUUUGAAAUGUUGCUUUUUUUUUUUGAGACAGGGUCUUGUUUUGUCACCCAGGCUGGAGUGCAGUGGGGCAAUCUUGGCUCCCUGCAACCUCUGCUUCCUGGGUUCAGGUGAUUGUCAGUACCUUACCUCAGCCUCCUGAGUAGCUGGAACUGCAGAUGUGCGCCACCAUGCCCGGCUAAUUUUUGUAUUAUAAGUAGACACGGGGUUUCAUAAUGUUGCCCAGGCUGGUCUCCAACUCCUGGCCUCAAGCAAUUCGCCCCCCUCAGCCUCCAAAGUGCUGGAAUUAUAGGCAUGAGCUGCCGUGCCUGGCCUAUCAGCAGCAAAUGUUUUGCUGUUACAGUGUACUGUUCAUAUUUAGACAAGAAAAACAAAAUUUAUUUAUGUAUUGACAUUUUCAAAGAAAGUAAAUGCAGUUUACCUUGAACUAUUGUCAAAAUUAUUAAUAUAGGUAAAUAUGGAAUGUUUUUAAUAAUAGCAUUUUUGUCUAAGUAAAUUUCCAAAUUUCCUAAUUUCCAAUAUGAAAAGAAUGCAGAAAAGAUUUUUCUGGGCAAGGAAAAUUGGUUAGAUGUUUGAUAUAUUUAGCCUUCAAAUUGCAUUUUACAAUCUCAUCAGUAUAAGUUAAGAUAGAAUAAUCAAUUAAGACAGUAAAAUGACUUUUGAGUUUCCUAAUUUUUAACUUAUUGAUUAAACUCUCCUGGAAGGGAUAUUUUGAUCAUAGUGUCAAAUAUUUUAUAAUGUACAGUUCUAUUCUGUUCUGUAAACUACUCUUAAUCGCAAAAGAGUACCAAGUGAAGUUUUUUGGAAUCAUAAGGUUUUUAUUCUUAACCGUUAGUUGCUUCAUUUGUUUGAAAACCGAAGUGGCAUAGUAGAAAGAAUAUUUAAUAAGAAAUCAGAAAACUUGGUUACCAAUAUUUAACUAUGAGUAAGUCACUUGACCUCUCUAAGCACCAUUUCUCUUAUCUGUAAAAUUAGGCUAAUAACCCCAUUUAUUAGUGUGUUUCAUGGAAAAUUAUUUUGAGAAUCUAGUGAAUGAUGCAAGAAACGCUUUGUAAAUACAGUAAGCAUUUUGAGAUUGAUAUGCUGCUCAUGGGCAUACUAUUAUAUUUACAAUGGGUGAGAAUUUUGUUUUCUCAUGAUUUUUCCUUUCGUUCCUAUGCAGAGGGAGUAGAAAAAGAAGUGUGUCUUCAUGGACCCAUAGGAAUUCUUGAUUGAUGCAUAUCCUCUGCUUAUUUUUUUUUGGCGGGGGGCAGCGGGGGUGCGAGGGGGGCGAGGUCUUGUUCUGUUGACCAGGGUGGAGUGCAGUGGCAUAAUCACAGCUCACUGCACCCUGGACCUCCCAGUCUCAAGCGAGCCUCCCACUUUAGCCUCCUGCUAGCUGGGACCACAGGUGCACGCCACCACACCUGCUAAUUUUUUAUUUUCUGUAGAGAAGAGGCCUCCCUAUGUUGCCCAGGUUAUAGGUCUCAUACGCCAGGGCACAAGUCUCAUACGCCAGGGCACAAGUCUCAUACGCCAGGGCACAAAAGAUCCUUCUGCCUCGGCGUCCCAAAGUGCUGGAAUUACAGGCAUGAGCCCCCGCGCCUGCUUCUUCUGCUUUUUUUACCCUGAGCUAUUGUUCCUGCAAAGUGGAAAUAAUAGAGAGGGACGUUCCUGCAGACUUAACCCAAUCAAAAGUCACGUUUGUGCUUUUUGUGCAUCUUUGAAGUAGUUAUUUAAUUGUAUUUUCAAAUACUUGUACAUUUUCUGGGUUCAUGUAUUUUUAAUUGUGCUUAUGGAGAGAAUAUAAAUUAUAACUAUAUACGGUAUGACUAUUUAUAUUGUCAGCAUUUUCUUGAUAUCCUUAGGUUAAUUUCACAUGAGUUCAAACCGUAAUUAACCAAAUGAGAAAAUACUUGUCCCCCAAAAUGUGAAGUAGUCCAUUUUACUGUUACAGUUUUCAAUAUUAUAUGACAAUUUUCCAUCAGUCCAAAAUGGCAUAAACCCAAAUACUGAAAAUUUAGCAGUUGAAAGUACAGUCACCUGUGCCUACUUCUAAAGUUAAAUAGCUAAAACAUAAAAUGUGACUUAAAUUUCAGUGGACACCCUUUAUAAUACUAAUGUCGGGAGAGACUAAUAUUUGGGCUGAAGGAUAUCAUGUGUUCCAAGGUUUAAACCAGAGCUAAAGAACUAGAAGAAACAAACAGGAAGACAGGGCCCAAAAUUCAAGGCAUGAACAGAAGGAAGCCUAGAACUCGUCUCCUAACACCUUGUUCACCACGCUGUGCUUAGUGUGUGUGUAUUGGGUGGAGGGAGGGGGAGGGAGGGAGAGGAUGUCAAGAAAAGGGGAAGUGUGUUCUAACCGAAUCCACAAAAUACUAAAAUAGGGUUAAAUAAUUUUUAUAUUAUAGAGGAGCUAUUUAUGGUAAAACAAUAGUAAAGUGAACAACGAUUACUGCAAAAAUCUGAGUGCCUGUAUGAGAUUGCCAAACAUCUGUCUAACCUUAGCCAGUUAUCUUUAUCCAUUUUUAUAUAUAUAUAUGUAAUAGCGGACCUAUUUUCUUACACAUCGUUAUAGAGAAUAUGGAUAACAAUGCCAAAAUAGUAAAAAUAUUUGCUCCAGGCAAAAUGCUCUUACCGAGUUUCUUAGAAAUCAAAUAUUCUUGAUUUUAUAUUAAAGUUACUUUAUUUAAAAUUUAAUUUAAAUUUUAAAAUUUAAAACUAGUAAAUGAGCCGGGCGCGGUGGCUCACGCCUGUAAUCCCAGCACUUUGGGAGGCCGAGGCGGGCGGAUCACGAGGUCAGGAGAUCGAGACCAUCCUGGCUAACACGGUGAAACCCCGUCUCUACUAAAAAUACAAAAAAAAAAUUAGCCGGGCGAGGUGGCAGGCGCCUGUAGUCCCAGCUACAAGGGAGGCUGAGGCAGGAGAAUGGCGUGAACCCCGGGGGGCGGAGGCUGCAGUGAGCCGAGAUCGCGCCACUGCACUCCAGCCUGGGUAAAGAGCGAGACUCCGUCUCAAAAAAAAAAAAAAAAAAAAGCUAGUAAAUGAUGUAGUUAAUUACUAAAUAGUUUAAGUAAAUGUGUUUUGUUUUGUUUUGUUUUGUUUCGUUUUGUUUUGUUUUGUUUUUUUGAGACGGAGUCUGGCUCUGUCUCCCAGGCUGGAAUGCAGGGGUGCAAACUCAGCUCACUGCAACCUCCACCUCCUGGGUUCAAACAAUUCUCGUGCCUCAGCUUCCUGAGCAGCUAGGAUUAUAGGCGUGCACCACCACAUCCAGCUGAUUAUUAUUAUUAUUUUUUUUUUGAGACGGAGUUUCGCUCUUGUUGCCCAGGCUAGAGUGCAAUAGCACAAUCUUGGCUCACCGCAACCUUCGCCCACUGGGUUCAAGCAAUUCCCCUGCCUCAGCCUACCGAGUAGCUGGGAUUACAGGCAUGCGCCACCACGCCAGACUAAUUUUUUUUUUUUUUUUUAGUAGUGUUGGGGUUUCUCCAUGUUGGUCAGGCUGGUCUCGAACUCCGGACCUCAGGUGAUCCACCCGCCUCAGCCUUCCAAAGUGCUGGGAUUACAGGCGUGAGCCACCGCACCUGGCCUAAUUUUUGUAUUUUGAGUAGAGACGGGGUUUCACCAUGUUGGCCAGGCUGGUCUCCAACUCCUGACCUCAAGUGAUCCACCUGCCUCAGCGCCUCCCAAAGUGCUGGGAUUACAGACGUGAGCCACCGGCGCCUGGCUGUAAAUGUGAUUUUUUUUUGUAAAAGAAAUGAAAACAGUCCAAUUCUUAUCGUAAACUUGUCCCUGAUGGAAACUGCUCAUCUUGAGCUGCAUUCACACUCCCAGUUCAUAUGUAGUGAUGUGAUAGUAAGUAUAAGCCAAAAUGUUUAAUCGGAUUGUUUUUUAAUGUGGCUUUUAUAUGCAUAAUAGUGGCAAACAAGAUUUCCUGAGCCUGGAUACUUGAGAGUUUAUUCUAGAUUUCCAAAAGCCUCAAGCAUUCCAUACUUUUUGUGUGUGGCAACCAAAACAGUCUUUUAUAUUAUUAUUAAGAUAACUUUACCAGAACAAAAUCUUUUUAUCCAACUUUACGUCAUUAAAAAAAUGAAUCUAUGGAUUAAUAAAAUCAUUUUAAGAGUAUUUUUGUCAGAUUUUUUACUGCCCUUGAUUCAGUUAAGAACACAGCUUUCAAAGCAGCUUUAAAGAGUGCACUGUAUUUGGAUAAUUUCCUGGCCGGGCGCGGUGGCCCACGCCUGUAAUCCCAGCACUUUGGGAGACUGAGGUGGGUGGAUCACGAGGUCAGGAGAUCGAGACCAUCCUGGCUAACAUGGUGAAACCCCGUCUCUACCAAAAAUACAGAAAAAAAAAAAUUAGCUGGGCGUGGUGGCGGGCGCCUGUAGUCACAGCUACUUGGGAGGCUGAGGCAGGAGAAUGGGGUGAACCUGGGAGGUGGAGCUUGCAGUGAGCCGAGAUCAUGCCACUGCACUCCAGCCUGGCUGACGGAGCAAGACUCCGUCUCAAAAAAUAAAAAUUAAAAAAUUAAAAAAAAAGAAUAAUUUCCUUAGGUCUCACACAGUGAGAAGAACUCGCAAGACUAAAGACCCAUUCAUAAACAAACUUAUUUGUUUCUCAGUAACUACCUAGAAAGAUUUCACUUGGAAAUGCAAAGAAAACAUGUAAUCUUUAAGAAAAAACAGAAAGAUCCUCUUUCAGCCUGGGGAGCUGAAAAAAGAAAAAACCGAAAGACUAUAAAGGUUUUACUUUUUGUUUGUUUGUUUGUUUGUUUUUUAGAGACAGGGUCUUGUUGUGUCACCUAGGCUGGAGUGCAGUGGCACAGUGAUAGGUUGUAGGAGCCUCAAACUCCUGGCCUUAAGCGAUCCUCCCACCCUGGCCUCCCAGAGUGCUGGGAUUACAGGCAUGAGCCACCAUGCCCAGCCUAUAAAGACUUUAAUCUUAGAUUCUAUGUGUUUUAAAAUGGUAGGAUACAAUCCCAACCAGAAGCUAACUCUUGGAAAUUUCACAGCUGAUAAAUAGCCAUCUCUGCUUUAGAAUCUUUCUCAACUGAAUGUUUUCACCAAAUCUUCCUGAGCUACUGAUCUUCACUUGAUCUUAAAAUAACAAACUGAUCUCCUGAACCUUAAUGAACUGCUGCAUGACCUGGUGUUUCUAUACUGCUAAUGACUGAUGCAAGUAGACACAUGAGUGAUGAGCUGUGACAAUCUAUAUCAAUCAUUACACAAUCUAGUUCACUUACUGCACAUAAUCAUGGUAGAAAAUAAAUGAAAACAAAAUUUUAAGGUAUAAAAAAAUUAGUGUACCUCGUUAUUAUUUCUGGGUAAAUUUUUUGUCUUUUUAAAAAAUAGUGCCUAAAACAUUGUCUUAUCUAUGUGACAUUCAGUAACUACUGAUUGAUGGUUAUCGUGUUGAAUUACUCCUAUUAAAUGUGGGUUCCACAUACUUGGUUUCAAUUUAUACAUUCCAUGGAAGAAUAAACAUGUUUUAUUAUCAUCA